CAAAGUAUGGCUCUCUGGAUUUGGAGGCCCAAAAUUCUCCGUGCCAUGGGUCCCCUGUCCAAUCAAGUCUGUCUAGACUUAGGUUCCAGGCAGCAGUCGACCAAAUCGGCAGGGCACAGGCAGAACCAGGCCUGCAAUCUGGCUCUUCCCUGGGUGGAGUGCACUCUCAGCAAAAGGACUCAAGAGUGAGCCCAGACCCUAGUAUAGCCCACCAGCUCCCUCUGCCUGCUGAGAAGAGCACUACUUUUUUAUUUUUCAUUGCUUCAUAAAGAAGACCAUUUCCAAUUCCCACUUCCUCAUUUCCCUCCCGAUGAGUCACUUACCCUCGCCUCCUCCCCCUGCCGUCCUAAGGGAGCACACUGGAAUUGUUCUCUACUACAGUAUAACUUGCUUCUUUGCCAAUUACUACAUUUUGGGGACAAUUACUAACUAGCUAUUUUGGGACUUACUUUGGAGGUAGGUUAUGGAAGUAUUAUACUAGUUUAUACCUGGGAAUUUGGAGUAUUUUAAAAAGCACUAGAUUUGUGUACAAGUUCACUCACUAUUAAAGCAGCAGCAAAUCUCCUGGCUCAAUGAGUCUAAAGCCUUGCUUUAAGCGUGAGCUCUCUUUGGACUUCUCUGUAAUCGUAACAUUUCAGCAUGGUGCCUGUGCUUCUGCUCUUGAUGAGCAUAAACCUGGGCUGCAGCACUGCUUGCUCACUUGAACGGAGUGCGUUUUGGAGAAUCGAUUCCCAGCGCACGGACACUCUACAGUUAUUAAAAGAGAUGAAAAUCAUGCCGGUCCUCUCCUGCCUACAAGACAGAACCGAUUUUAAAUGUCCCUGGAAGAAAGGCCAUAUCAUCCAAGGAAAGCAGAGAGAAGUAGCCACCUGUUGCUACUCUGAGAUGCUCAGGCAGGUUCUCCAGCUCUUCAGGCCACGGGCCACAAGAGAUGCCUGGCCAGAGAGGACACUCGGGCGGCUUCUCACUAGUCUGUUGAGUGGCCUGGAGGCUCUGGAGGGGUCAGCGGAGCAAACACCUCCCUGUCUGCCUACUUUGGCCAUGGCCAUCCGCACCUACUUCUUAAGAAUCUCCCGCUAUCUGGAGGGAAAGGGAUACAGCCCUUGCUCCUGGGAGAUUGUCAGAGCAGAAAUGCAAGUGGCCCUUUCCACAUUCCCGGUGCCUGCAGAGAGAACGUCCAGGAAGAGAAGAAGCUCCAUGCAGGAAUCCCCUCUGAGGUGA